CGGCCGCGCCUGCACCUCGAGGUCCUCUUUCCGGAGACGCUUCCGGACCUGGACGUGCUCUUGACCCUGGAGCGGCUCCGCGGCAGCUGGCUGCCGGCUGACGCUUUCUACGGCAUGAACACCAUGUAUGCGGCACCCGACGCCCUGGUGCUCGAGACGGGGGGGGGCCAGGGCAACAAUGCCCAUCGCGACUUCCUCACGGAUGUGUCUAUCCUUGGAGAGGUGGGCCGAGAGGACGGAGCAGUGGUACGUCGUCUGAUGGAUCAUCUGAUCCAGUCGGCGGGCUUGCAGCUGCAGGAAACGGACUACGAUCGGGAGGCCCGCCUGGGGGAGUACAUCCACUUAGCCACGCAGGACGCGAUGCACCCGCCAGGUCGCGUGCGUUUGCUCCUGGGCCCACGUGACGACGUGCGCAAAGUUCACGCCGCGCUCGACGGGCAGACGCUGCAGGUGGGCCAGGACCUCGUGGGCAUCGCCGUCAGCAGCGACGUAGAGGAUGCGCGUGGGCUGCCGGGAAACGGCCGGCCGGGGCGGGCCCAAGGGCAUCCCGCUCCCGCGAGGCCAUGCCAAUGCAUGCUGGAAUUCACAUCGUGA